GACCUUCCCCGGCUGCGAUCGGCUAUUCUCGUCUUCUUUCGAGGCGAGCCGCAACGCGUCUCAAACAAGCCUACUGUUUUCGUUUCUGGAUAGAGGAAGUGCAUUCCAUUUAAAUCUUUGGAUCUGAACUUUAAAUAAUCGUAACAAACAUUAAAGCGUUGCUUGAAUAGCAGCAUACCUCGCCGCUAACGCUACAGUAAAGUGAGUGUUCUCUCUGCGGUGUUUAAUCAUCCUGUCACACAUCGAGCUGUAGUCACCUGAACAGGAAGCUAAAGGUGGAAAAGCAGCCGUUGGCCGAACCACUGAUGCUGAAUAAGAAGAGAGGCCAUACCUGUUUGCUAGCGUCUGGUAUGGCUGCUUUAGUGCUGCUCAUGGUUGUGCUUUACGGGACCACCGGGCCCCAGCAGGCGAGCGGCUCCAUCCUGCGGCCGGGCUACCUGCUCCGGGGCAGCCCACUGUACCAGCUGGACCUGAGUUGGCCCCGGAAGCCGGAGCUGUUCAGCGGUCAGGUGUUCGGGGUGGCGGUCAACCAGAACGCGGGGGUGGUGUAUGUGGCGCAGAGAGGUGCCGAUGUGCCGAAGGUGCUGGUGUUCUCCACAGAGGGGGAGUUCCUCAUGUCCUGGAACACAACCACCAUGGAGAUGCCCCAUGGUAUAUUCCUAGCUGACGCGGCCUCAGCCAACCCCACGGUGUGGAUCACAGAUGUGGGGAACGGCCCGUACGGCCACAGCGUCAAACAGUACUCCCCGUCUGGGAAGCUCCUGCAGGUGCUGGGGGCUCCUGGGAAGGCGGGCUCUGGGAUGAACCCCCUCCAGUUCGACCAGCCGGCUGAAAUCUUCGUCCACCCCUCCGGAGAGAUGUACAUCGUGGAUGGUGACGGUGGGAUGAACAACCGCCUCAUCAAGCUGUCCAAAGACCACGAGGUGAUGUGGAUGCACGGAGAGAAAGGACAAGGCAUGGCUCAGUUCUACAUCCCCCACAGCGUCACCGUGGACGACUACCACCGGGUGUGGGUGGCCGACCGGGGCAACAAGAGGAUCCAGGUGUUCAACUCCAUCACCGGGGAGUGGCUGGGGACCUGGGGGAGCUGCUUCUCCGAGGACGCCCCCUACUCCGUCCGCCUGACCCCAGACAAGAAGUACUUUGUGGUGGUCCAGCUGAACACCAACCAGAUCUCGCUGCUGGAGGCUCCCCCCAUGGGUCUGAUCGGCCAGUGCAGGGUGGUCAGUGUGAUCCAGCUGGCUGAGGAGGUGAAGCCCCACCUUGUGGACCUGGACCUGAAGACGGGGGCUCUGUAUGUGGCAGAGAUCGGGGCUCAGCAGGCCCAGAAGUUCACCCCCUUCCGUCUGGGGGGGAACUUCCUGUAGUGCCUCACUUGAAAGGUCUAUAAUAAACCAGCUACGCCGAUAAUAAGCACUAUAGAUUAUUUAAAACGUUACCAAAAAUGUCCAUGUUGUGUCAUUUGCAAUCAUGUGAUCCAUAAAUUAUUGAUUUUUCAGUGAGAUAAAACAUCUGGGGUUAAGAUUUCUAGGGUAUCCCCUGACAACCCUAUCUCAUAGAAACAAAAUGUUUUUCAACAGAAAGUAUAGCUAUAUGGAUACCUUGUUUUAAAUAUACACAAAACAAAAAUAUAAACGCAACACUUUUGUUUUUGCCCCCAUUUUUCAUGAGAUGAAC